AUGCUAUUUUCCAUAACGAUUACUAGACACCUCAGAAACACUUGCACAUCUCAUUUACGCUUACUUUAUCGUUCACUAUCAACUACUAUUACCGCCGAUGAUCCUAUUCACAAAGUUGAUCUACGCGUUGGCAAAAUUACAGAAAUAGAGAAUCACCCUGAUGCAUCUCAUUUGUACAUUGAAAAAGCAGCAAUUAAGGAAUUAGUAGUGUGCGUCUCAAAAGAAUCUCUCGAGGAGCGUACUAUUGUCAGUGGACUUGUUCCUUACAUGUCUAAGGAAUCUCUCUGUGGUAAAAGGGUCGUUGUGGUAGCUAACCUGAAAGCGAGCAAGUUUCGAGGCGUGUUGUCUCAAGGCAUGCUCCUGGCAGCUUCUGUAGAUAAUCGUGUACAAACAUUAUCGCCUCCUAGCUUAGCUCCUAUUGGUGAAAGAAUUCAGCUCGAAGGAGUAUCUUUGGGCGAGCCAGUGGAUGUACUGAAGCCCAAACAAAAAAUAUUUGAACAAGUAGCAGAGCAUUUGAAGACAGAUGAGAAUGGUGUGGCUACUUAUAAGGGUAUCCCUCUCGUCACAUCUGAGGGCCCAGUCUGUUGUGAGAUCAAACAUGGUGAAGUGUCUUGA